CCCGGGACGUGAAGCGCAAGAGCAGCAGCACGACAGCACUAGACACUGCGCGUGCGUGCUCGGGGCCUCGACAGACGUGCCUCUUCCGGUGUAACCCCUUCCCCCGUCGCUGCUGCCGCUGCUCUACUGUAUUCUCUUCCGGUGCUGGAAGGAAGAGGCUGCUCAGGGCCCGGGGGCCGCACGCAUCUGUUCUAUUCUGUGACACUGGCUGCCCGGUGUGCCAGGAGCCGUCUUCCCGUAUAGCCCAUGCCUGUUUCUCAGCACCCGGGGUUUGCAUGAGUGCUGGAGCCUGAACCCCGGGCACAAUGCCUCCUGUGCAGCUGGAAAGCAGUCAGCUGGUGGUGACUGGUGGACCCACGACUGUCCCUCAGCCUCCUCCCCCGGGGGCUGUGGUUCCUGCUGCCGCUGCCAGCCAUGGCUACCGCCUCAGCACCCUCAUUGACUUCUUGCUGCAGAGGACUUACCAGGAGAUCAACGUUCUGGCUGACCUGCUUCCCAGGAAGACAGACAUGGAAAGGAAAAUUGAAAUUGUACAGUUUGCCAGUCGUACACGUCAGCUCUUCGUGAGGCUACUAGCACUAGUGAAAUGGGCAAACAACGCUGGCAAAGUGGAAAAGUGUGCGCUAAUAUCCAGCUUUCUGGAUCAACAAACAAUCUUGUUUGUAGACACUGCUGACAGAUUGGCAUCUUUAGCCAGGGACGCUCUGGUGCAUGCUCGUCUACCUAGUUUUGCAAUUCCUUACGCCAUUGAUGUGCUAACAACAGGGUCCUAUCCACGAUUGCCAACAUGUAUAAGGGAUAAAAUAAUCCCUCCUGAUCCUAUUACCAAAAGUGAGAAACAAUCAACACUUCAUCAUCUCAAUCAGAUCCUCAGACAUCGCCUGGUAACCACAGACCUCCCACCGCAAUUGGCAAACCUUACAGUUGCUAACGGAAGAGUAAAAUUUCGUGUAGAAGGAGAAUUUGAAGCCACUCUUACAGUGAUGGGAGAUGAUCCUGAGGUUCCAUGGCGGCUUCUGAAAUUGGAGAUUCUGGUUGAAGAUAAAGAAACUGGAGAUGGCCGUGCUCUUGUCCAUAGCCUACAGAUCAACUUCAUCCACCAGUUGGUUCAAUCCAGGCUUUUUGCAGACGAGAAACCACUUCAGGACAUGUACACUUGUUUGCAUUCUUUCUGCUUAUCCCUUCAGCUAGAAGUACUCCAUUCACAAGCACAAAUGCUAAUUAGGGAACGUUGGGGAGAUCUUGUUCAAAUUGAACGAUACAUUGCAGGGAAAUGCCUCAUAUUAGCUGUUUGGAACCAGCAGGUACUGGGAAGAAAAACGGGCACAGCUCCUGUACACAAGGUCACUAUAAAGAUUGAUGAGAAUGAUGGCUCAAAACCUUUACAGAUUUCUCAUGAACCUCCACUACCAGUUUGUGACACUGAUUUACUGGAAAGAGCUAUGCGGAUUGACCACUUAUCUGUAGAAAAACUGCUAAUUGACAGUGUACAUGCGCGGUCGCAUCAGAAGUUGCAGGAACUAAAAGACAUCUUAAAGUACUUCAACCCCAGGGAUAACUCUUUUGUGGAAACCUCUCUGCCAACCUUGGUCAUUCCGAUUUUAGAGCCUUGUGGCCGCUCAGAGUGUCUGCAUGUGUUUGUAGAUCUUCAUUCUGGAAUGUUUCAACUUAUGUUGUAUGGAUUUGACCAGCCCACCUUAGAUGAUAUUGAAAAAUCCAUUAAUAAUGACAUAAAGAAGAUCAUACCUUGGCUUCAGCAGCUAAAGUUUUGGCUUGGACAGCAGCGAUGUAAGCAUUCAGUAAAGCACCUUCCCACGGUAUGCAGCGAAACAUUGCAUUUGACAAACUAUGACACCCAUCCAAUAAGCAAUCUCUCCAGGCAUAAGCUGUUUGUUAAGCUUACACGUCUUCCCCAGUACUACAUAGUAGUGGAGAUGUUUGAGGUUGCUGGCAGCCCGACAGAGCUGGAGUAUAAUUACCACUUCCUGUCUGUCAGUCACACAGAAGGAGAAGACAGCCCACCUACCGCUCUCUUGCUACAGCGAUUCAAGACUAAAAUUGAGGAGCUGUCUUUUGAUGGGAUGUGGCGGAAGCAAGGGAAAACUGGCUGUAAACGCAAGCUCUCUGGGGAUCAGGGCGCUCCAGAAUCUAAGAAGCCAAAGCGGACGGGAGAAAUGUGUGCCUUUAAUAAAGUGCUUGCCCACUUUGUGGCCAUGUGUGACUCCAACAUGCCGUUUAUUGGGCUUAGAACAGAAUUGUCCCACAUGGACAUUCCACAUCAAGGUGUCCAAAUAGAAGGCGAUGGUUUCAGUCACGCUAUCAGAAUACUAAGAGUUCCUCCAUGUAACGGCAUAAGUGAGGAAACUCAGAAAGCACUAGAACAGUCUCUUCUUGAUUGCACUUUCCGGCUACAAGGGAGGAAUAACCGAACCUGGGUGGCAGAGUUGGUGUUUGCAAACUGUCCUUUGAACAGUGCUGUGUCUAGGGAGCAAGGUCCUACACGACAUGUGUACCUGACAUAUGAAAACCCCCUCUCAGAACCAGUAGGUGGGCGAAAAGUAGUAGAAAUGUUCCUAAAUGACUGGAAUAGCAUUGCCCGAUUAUAUGAAUGUGUGUUGGAGUUUUCACGCUGUUUACAAGACAUACCUCCUCACUUAAAUCUCUUUUCUGAGGUCCGAUUGUACAAUUAUCGGAAGCUUAUCCUGUGUUACGGACAAACAAAGGGAAGCUCGAUAAGUAUUCAGUGGAAUUCUAUCCACCAUAAAUUUCACAUCUCACUUGGCACCACUGGACCUAAUUCUGGUUGCAGUAACUGUCACAACAUCAUCCUACACCAACUGCAGGAAAUGUUCAACAAAAUCCCGAAUGUGGUGCAAUUGCUACAGGUAUUGUUUGAUACUCAAGCUCCUUUAAAUGCAAUCAACAAGCUCCCGACCGUUCCCAUGUUAGGACUCACUCAACGGAUAAACACCGCUUACCAGUGCUUUUCUAUACUUCCCCAAUCCCCAACACACAUUCGAUUAGCCUUCAGAAAUAUGUAUUGUAUAGACAUCUAUUGCAAAAGCAGGGGUGUGGUGGCAAUACGAGAUGGAGCUUACAGUCUCUUUGACAAUAGCAAAAUUGUUGAAGGCUUUUAUCCAGCCCCAGGAUUGAAGACCUUCCUAAAUAUGUUUGUGGACAGCAAUCAGGAUGCAAGGCGGAGGUCUGUUAAUGAAGAUGACAAUCCACCAUCGCCUAUUGGAGGCGAUAUGAUGGACUCACUGUUAUCCCAGUUUCAGCCUCAGGCACAGCAGUUUGCGAAACAGUCUGCGGCAUCGGGCGCUUAUCCUCUUACAUCCCCGCCGUCUUCGUACCACAACACUGUUACACCUUCUCCAGUAAUGAUGCACUCACAGUCCCCAGGAAACUUGCAGAGUUCACCUAGUGGUGCACUCAGAGCACCUUCUCCUGCCUCUUUUGGUCCCACUCAGUCUCCUUCAUCCCUUGGGAUUACUAUGGUUCCAACUUCAAACUUUGCUAGCCCUCAUGGUACAUUAGACCCUAGUUCUCCGUACACCAUGAUGUCACCCAGCCAACGUGCAGGGAAUUGGCCAGGGUCUCCUCAAGUGUCUGGUCCUUCUCCAGCAGCUCGCAUGCCUGGAAUGUCACCAGCAAAUCCAUCUCUUCACUCUCCUGUCCCUGACGUGUCUCACUCCCCACGAGCUGGAACAAGCUCUCAGUCAAUGCCGACAAAUAUGCCUCCACCUCGCAAGCUACCUCAGCGUUCUUGGGCUGCCUCCAUCCCUACAAUCCUCACUCACAGUGCCUUGCACGUUCUCCUGUUACCGUCUCCUACACCUGGGUUAGCACCAGCACUAGCGGGCAGCUACUUGUGUUCUCCUCUUGAAAGGUUUCUUGGCUCUGUUAACAUGAGGCGGCAUCUUCAAAGGAUAAUCCAGCAGGAGACUCUGCAGCUCAUCAACUCGAAUGAACCAGGAGUAAUAAUGUUCAAGACUGAUGUUCUAAAGUGUCGGGUGGCUCUUAACCCCACUACGAAUCAGACUCUGCAGCUGAAAGUGACACCUGAGAAUGCCGGCCAGUGGAAGCCAGAGGAACUGCAGGUCCUAGAGAAGUUCUUUGAGACCAGGGUUGCAGGCCCUCCAUUCAAAGCAAACACUCUAAUAGCUUUCACAAAGCUAUUAGGUGCACCAACACACAUCCUCAGAGACUGCGUGCACAUAAUGAAACUAGAGCUGUUCCCAGAUCAAACGACGCAGUUGAAAUGGAAUGUACAGUUUUGCCUAACUAUCCCUCCGAGUGCUCCACCAAUUGCUCCUCCAGGGACUCCUGCUGUUGUGCUUAAAUCUAAAAUGCUGUUUUUUCUUCAGCUAACCCAUAAGACUUUAGUCCCACCAGAGCCAGUUAGUAUUAUUGUGCCCAUCAUCUAUGACAUGGCAUCAGGCACAACCCAGCAGGCAGACAUUCCUCGCCAGCAGAACUCCUCGGUUGCUGCUCCACUCAUGGUCAGCAACAUUCUAAAGAGGUUCGCAGAGAUGAAUCCACCACGUCCAGGAGACUGUACAAUAUUUGCUGCAGUGCGUGAUCUAAUGGCUAAUCUUACACUGCCACCUGGUGGUCGACCUUGAACACUAUUUUGCGAACCGCAUGGAUUAUUUUCAGUUUUUGCUCAGAUAAAGAUAUAAAUUGGACAUGGGACAAUUUGCCAUUUUGAUAUUUUUGUCUGUAAGAACAAUGACACACAAACUGGCAGAUAUUUUUCAAAGAUGCACUUCUUUCACCAGAAAUUAUAUAUAAUUGAUUUUAAAAAAAACAAAGAAAAAAAAAAAAGAUAUUUGUAUAGUGCUGUUGUAUAGUGUGUUUUGCUACAACUCAUUUCAAGCUAUGAUGGAGAAUCCAAAAAAAUCUGCUUGCCAGGAACAGGUUUUGUAUUCUGUUUUAUACCGAAUGAAAUCUGAAAAUGCCAAACUCUGUUUAUUGUUUCUGUAAAUGUGUUUUCCCUGGUGUACCAGAUUUUUUUUUUUCUAAAGAAUGAUUUGUCAUUUUGAAUACUGUAAAACUGUGACAGACUUUAUAAUGAAACUGUAUUUUAAUAUGACUGCUUAAAGUCCUAAUACAAAAAUGUUGUGGGCAUGUUGAGAACAUGUCUCCAGGAAAGCAAUAUUUAAUAAAUUAGAUGAAAAAC